AUACUGGUACCGUACCAGCACUAGUACAGUCGUACUAACACUCACUUUUGAACGACGGCUACUGCUUUGUUCGAGAUCCCUCUGAUAUUCCACCAUAGCAGCAACGAUCUAUAUGUACGACAAUCUGCACGAUGCAAUAUGGGACACGAGAAGUUCGCUGGAAGCCUUCAAUGUGAUUCUGACGGAAAACCCUGCAAGUGUUCGUCAAGUAGACCCAAAGAAGGAUCGACCGUACAACUAUGGCGUGAGAAGUGGGCCUCAGGAAGGCACGGAACCACCUUGGGGUGGAUUGCCACUUCAUGCCGCACUGGAGCGUGGCAGAUUCGAUGUUGCAUGGAUGCUACUGGAGAUGUAUCCUGACGCAGUAUCUUUCAAAGCCAACAAAGGACGUCUGCCGCUGCAUCUACUCUUCUUCAGUACCGACCAUCCUCCUCCUUUGGAUCUCGUCCAUCAAGUCAUUGAGGCAAAUCCAGAAAUGCUACGAAUUGCGGACGACUGUGGAAAACUUCCCUUUCAUUCCUUGUUGAUGUGGGCUAGAUUCAUGCUUACACGAGACAGAAACCAAACCAUUGAGAUUGCCAGGGCAGUUCUGACUGCCUAUCCAAAGGCAGCCAAAACUCCUUUGGCAAAGGGAUGGUAUCCACUUCAUCUUUCAGUCCAAAGUGGAGAAGUCGAAUUGGUCAAAAUGCUGGGGGAAGCUUGUCCAGAAGUCUUGCAAAAUCCAAUGAAUGUUCAGGGAGUAUGGGUUCCAAUCUCUUGGGCUGCGAGAUGUGGAUAUCUGGGAAUUGUCAGACUGCUACUGGAACAGAAGGGAGGAUUGGAAAGCCUUUACAAAGCAGAUUACAAAGGUGAACUACCAAUACAUGCCGCAACUAAUGUCUCCAGAUUUGAUAGAGCCGGGCAACUCAAACCGGCACACAUUCAGGUCGUCCGGAUCCUUGUUGCACAGGCACCGGAAACCAUCAUGAUGCCAAAACCGGAUGGAAAGCUGCCAAUCCACGAGAUGGCUACGAACGGUUCUGGAACGGUGGCGGUCCGGGAGGCUAUUGUAAAACACCUCAUCGACAGUGGACCCGCCAAUCUGCUCCAAAUUCCGCAUCAAAACGGUUCCAAAAAGCGAGAUCUUCCCAUCCACUUGGCAGCCGAACGAGGAGGGCCGGCCAUUCUGAAACUACUCCUACAAUCCGCCCCUGAUACACUGCAUACGCCGGAUGGCGAUGGCUUAUUACCAAUACACCGGGCAACGACAGUGCCAAAUCUCACGGUCUUGGCGCAAGCAGCGCCGGAAACUCUCAGUGUCCCUUCACCUAGCCGGAUUCGCUUUCGAGGUGGACUGCCACUGUUUGUGGCCGUCAAAAGUAAAAAGUUUCGAAGCAGUACAGACGAGGCUCAACUCAACUGUUUUGACUUUUUGUUGGCUCAUACACCUCUGCACGAUGCCAUCGAUGACAGGGAAGGGUCGAUACUGCACGGGGCCCUCCAACACGAUUUGCCGCUGGGAUACAUUACCAAGCUUGUCGCGGCUUUGAGUGCGAAUCAUUUACUAGGGGCAUGUCUGCGCAAGCACCAGAGGACUACAGGAUUGACACCCUUGCACUAUGCACCAACGGUUCCAUUCGAGUGCCUCAAGGAGGUCUUGAACGCAACAGAACCGCACGUGGCGCGAGAAGUGUUGCAAAUGCGCCAGACAACUCGUGGGUCAUCCGAUACGCCGCUGCUUUCCGUCCUCGCAUGUCCAGCUCUCUGGAAACGAAGGAGUGGUACGAGACUACUACUACCAGGGGGUGCGGAUGGCGAUGAUUACGUUGUUGGGUUUGGCCGGUUUGGGGCGGCACACUGGACGACGAAACAGCCGGCUGUCCAAGACACUCCUGGAUAUCAGAUGGUAAAGCUCCUCGUGGACGCAUGCCGUGAAUCGCUCCUGAUACGAAACAGCAAAGGUCUCUUGCCCGUUCAGGUUGUGACACAAUCGGUCAUGAUCAAUGGCGAGCAGGUCAUCCCGACGGAAGUUCUCGGGUACUUGAUUGAUUCUACGACUGUGUUUGACAUUGACACGUUGGAGAUUGCCAGCAACAUGAAUGGCAGUACUAUGGAUGUUGGGCUUUGUUUCGAAUAUCUCCUUCGGUUUCCGGACGUUUUUUGAAGGUGGCUGCGCAUGAAAUCAAAACGGUCCUCGGUUUGACCGUGAUGUCCUUUUUAAAAGGAAUACGAAGAAGAAUACGGAGCCGCACAACCUUGAAAAUAACUUAAAGGCGUCAUGCAUUCUUGUGGUGCAAGAAGGACCAGUACCGUACACGACAGCGAAAGGUUAAGUUUUGACAUACAAACAGCAAUCCUUGAGUCUCACCUCAUCUGAUACAAGCAGACACGCGAACAGAUUCAUAGGUGCUACGGCUGGCAGAUAACACGGACGAUGAAAGCUGCACUGAUCGUAGCACAUUUUGCAAAAUUUCUAGGAGCUUAGCUACUAGACUAUUUUAGCUAGCUAGCCAGGAGGAACUUGCACUGUGGAGGUAAAUAUGACUUGAUCCCUUGCGUCAUUUUCACCCUUGGUGCUUCCCUCAUACAAGGCUGAAACCUGUAUCUUUGUGGUAGAUUGGGGCAACGUAGUUUGCAGUAUCCCAGAUUCCCUGCCGUCCUUUUGUCGAUACGGGUAUACAUCUUCCGUUGACCCAGCACUGAGCAACUGUCCGGUGACCGCAUCCUCUACAAAGACGACCAAAAGAGCUUCGUUGCUAUUCAAUUUUUGUUGGUGGAUUGUCAUGUCUACCAUGAUCAUGGCUAUUCUGUCUUUGGGUCUCAAUUCCACGGCUGGUUUAUGAGUUUUGGGGAAUGGUGCCCUUGGGAUUUCUUUUAGCUCUUGGUGAAUGAGUCGUUCCCAUGCUUGCUGGAGCUCUCUACUAGUGUCAUCCUCUUCUUUUGGAUCCUCCUCUGUACUACUAGUAGUUUCUUCUUGUUGCUUGAAUGGCUUGUCAUAAUACGCUUGAUACUGUUCCAAACAUUCGGCCAGAGCUUGCGCGUGAUCACCGCACUGCGAGAGGUGCCAAUCUUGUUGUGGAUUGUUU